AUGACGUUCAAGGAGCUCCUGACUCAGGACCAAUGGCGCAGCGUUAUUAACACCACAGCCGGUUUGGGCGCGGGGGCUAUCUCGACACUGCUGCUUUAUCCGCUGGAUUUAGUGAAAGUCCGCUACCAGGUACACGAAAAAUCUGCGCACGCUUAUCGUUCUUUAGGACACGCUUUCCGCUCUAUCGUAGCCGAAGAAGGCAUCUUUGCGCUUUUUCGCGGCAUGAGUCCAGCGAUGUAUGGUGCAACGCUGUCAUGGGGAAUAUAUAUGCUUUUUUAUCAGAAUGCUAAAGAGCGUUACGCUCGUAUGGCAGAAGAUGGUUGGAUUCAGGGGUCGUGGCAGCACUUUUUUUCAGGGAUUGAGGCUGGAAUGAUCGUUGUGCCUUUGACGAAUCCGAUAUGGCUCAUUAAGAUUCGCAUGCAAGUACAAAGCAAUAAAAGGCUACAAGCAUGUACUGCUGGUAAGGACGUUUCGAAAAAAUUGGCUGAAAAUGUACCGUAUCGAAGCGUAUCAGACGCUUUUCGGCGGAUUGUAGCUACAGAAGGGGUUUCAGCUCUGUAUAAUGGAAUGAUACCUGCACUAUUUCUUACAACGAACGGAGCGAUCAAAUUUGUUGCGUACGAGCGCUUAAAGUAUGCGUACCAAACACAUUGGAGCCCUGAGAUGGAUGUUAUCCCGACUCUUGUGAUGGGUGCGGUGGCACAAUCUAUCGCAUCUACGACUACAUACCCAUAUCAGGUAAUUAAAGCACGUCUGCAACAGGGAGGGCCUUCGGCAAACAAAUACACAGGCACAUGGGAUUGCACUGUAAAGAUCGUUCGGCACGAAGGUUAUCUGGGCUUGUUUAAAGGAUUGUCGGCAAACAUUCUAAAAGUAAUGCCAACUGGUGCGAUCAUUUUUGCUGCCUAUGAGCAGAUUCAACUUGUCAUGAAAACCAUGCUGCUGUGA